AUGUCGUCGGACGACUCAGUCCACCGCCGAGCCCACACCGCCGACAGUGCCAUCCCGCUGCAGGAUCUCAACAAUGAUGGCACACCAGAUCGGGCCGGUGAGCUCGACCGACAUGAAUCGCACCGCCGCACUCUUAGUGACAGGGGACGGGAGCUGUUCAGAGCAGGACGAUCGAGCACUGCGGGCAGAGCGCCAUAUGCCCCUAUACGGCAUGUUGACAACGAUGAAUCACCAAGCCCCCCACCGCGCAAUAGCCAUAUCUCGCCAAUCGCCUUCGUCACAACGCCCUCGGGCCAACACGAGCGAAUACCGGAUGAAGAUGACGAAGCAGCACCGUUCUCGCCUAUUACGGAUAGAAGCGCAUUCCAGGAUGCCAUCGGGUUCGCGGGGUUGAGUUUCAACGCGAGCCACAGCUCACCCGACGAGUCGGACGAUGAUGUUCAAGAGACGCCGUCGAGACGGGCACGAGGGUCGAAAAGAGCGACGUUGGAUAGUCUGCCACCAUUGAAUACAAGAAAUAGCGGCGAUGACAUGGUUUCGAUUCAGCUGGAUGACGGCCCUGCCUUCUUCUCGCCGGGUGUGGCAGACGAAGACGACACUGUCCCGUUGACGGAUUCUUCACGGCUAAAGGCAUCGAGCGCGGUCACACACAGCACACCUGAGGGACAGAGACACGAUAGACAGAGGAGCCGAGCUGGAUCUGCCCUGAGUGGCCUGAGUAUACGCUUCACGGGUGGUGGCAAUCGUGCCAGGAGUAAUUCAAGACUUGGCGACGAUCUUGCACAGGCAGAGGGCGGCGCAAGAAAUUCGUCAGAGCUGAACAGAACACCGUCGGCGCGGAAGUCGUCUCUGUCGCCACUGGGGGAUUCUCCACUCCAGCGCACGGGAACCAUGCUGCGAAAGAUGUCACAACGUGUGGUAAACUUGAGCAAUGAGUCCGAGCCUGUGGAUAGACCGGCUGCCAGGAAAAGUUCGAUACGGCAGUCAGGGUCUGAAGAAGCGGUGUUCCCAAACCUCCCACAGGUUGGCUUAGAUGGAGCAGGGCCACCAAGAUCGCCUGCGAGUGAGAAAAUGCCGUCUUCUGCAGCUAUAGAGCCAGAUCUACCACCACUGCCAGCCAUCGAGCGCAACCCACUGAAGGGCAAGUCUCUGGGGGCCUUCUCUCCAGAGAGCCGGAUACGAAAAGCAUUGCUGGAGUUCCUGGUUCAUCCUUUCGUGGAACCCACAGUCUUGGUCUUGAUUGUGAUCCAAACCAUAAUCCUCGCUGUAGAUUCGGCACCUGAUGUCUACAAAGAUCCGAGGCCACGCGAUUGGGGGAACAGUUGGACGGACUAUCUCCUCCUCGGGAUAUUCAUCGUCUACACCAUAGAAAUCAUCAUCAAGAUCAUCGUCUCCGGCUUCAUCUUCAACCCGACCGAGUACAGCACCAUCGAUCGAAGCAUUGGAGUGAGACAAGCACUACAGAAGAAGGCAGACGCGAUGUUUGCCCUCCAUCGAAACCCAUCCAAAAGGGGCAUGAAAGGUGACCACUCUAACUCGCGCGUGCCAGCACCGGACUCUCUGCUGCGCUCGUUCACCGCACAAAACUUUGAUGAUGUUCCUGGAACUUCAAAACAGGCCCAGAAAAAGAGGCUUGCUUAUCGUGCAUUCCUGCGGCACUCAUUCAACCGUCUCGAUUUUGUCGCCGUGGCUUCCUUCUGGAUCAGUUUCAUACUUGGAGCUGCUGGUGCCGAGUACCAACAUCAAAUAUAUGUAUUCCGGAUGAUGAGCUGCCUACGAAUAUUGAGGCUUCUGGGGAUCACAAGCGGCACGUCUGUCAUUCUCCGUAGUUUGAAGCGGGCAGCGCCGACAUUGCUCAACAUCGCCUUCUUGAUCGGAUUCUUCUGGCUCUUGUUCUCCAUUGUGGGAGUCCAGAGCUUCAAAUCCAGUCUUCGACGGACGUGCACCUUGAUUGGAGCAGAGCAGUUUCCACCCACGCAAGACUACGCCCAGAAUCAACCACCGCCGGCUGGUGGGUUUCAAUUCUGUGGCGGUUGGAUCGCACCGGACAAUGGCACAUACAUGCCGUGGUUGAAGGCGGAUGGCUCUUGGGGCGCAGACAAGCACAAAGGGUUCCUGUGCCCGCAAGGGUCGCGCUGUAUUGAGGGUGAGAAUCCCUACAACAACACAAUCAGCUUUGACAACAUUGCUCAAUCCGCGGAGCUGGUGUUUGUGGUCAUGACCUCGAACACUUUCACAGAUAUCAUGUACUAUCUGACGGACUCGGACUACUUGGCAUCCGCAUUGUUCUUCGCAUGCGGCACCAUCUUCCUCACCUUCUGGCUCAUAUCGUUGCUCAUAGCAGUCAUCACUUCAUCAUUCCAGGUCAUUCGAGAAGAGAGCAGGAGCAGCGCUUUCACGGCAGAUGACGACCCUGCGGAAGACCACGACAUUGAUGGUGACGAAUCAAGAGGACCUCUGGAUCUCAAGAAACGAGGCUCGGCGAUCAAACGUGCGUACGACAAGUCGUAUCUGAUCUGGAUUGUGGUCAUCACUUUCGACCUGGUCGUCCAAAGCUUGAGAACCGAUACAAUGGGCGGAUUCACGAAGGGGCUGAUCAGCUGGACAGAACUCAUUGUCACCAUAGUGCUGCUGUUCGAAAUCAUAUUCCGCUUCGCGUCGGACUGGAGAGAUUUCCGCCACCACCGUCGAAACUGGUUCGACCUCUUCCUGGCAGUCAUAACAGCCAUCAUUCAGCUUCCACCGAUCCGCUACUCGGGUGAUCCCUACGCUUGGCUCACAGUCUUUCAGAUCCUUAGGAUCUACCGUGUGGUUCUGGCUGUUCAGAUGACGCGAGACUUGAUAAUGCUGGUUUUGCGGCAUGUUUCUGGUGUGCUGAACCUGAUCCUUUUCGUGUUCCUACUCACGUUUCUCGCCGCCAUAUUCGCCACUCAACUAUUCCGUGGGCAACUGCCAAUUCUCGAUGGCCAGGGCAACUACCUUCAGGUAACAUUUGCCACCAUCUUCAACUCUUUCCUCGGGAUGUACCAAGUACUGUCCUCUGAGAACUGGACAACGAUCAUGUACAACGUUGCGCGAUUCGACUACCAAUACGGGACGGCCUGGAUCGGAGCCACCUUCUUCAUUAUCUGGUUCACGCUGGCGAAUUUCGUCGUGUUGAACAUGUUUAUUGCUGUCAUCCAAGAGAACUUCGACGUUUCGGAAGAUCAGAAACGAUUGCAGCAAGUCCGAUCGUUCCUACAACGUACAGAGCUUGGCAACAACUCUGGAGGCACGCUUUCCCUCUCCACAAUCUUCAAGUUUGGCAUGGUCAGGCGACAAGAUCCUUUGGACUUCGGAUCGGCAGCCACUGAGAUGUUGUUGAAGGAUGCUGUGGUGCGGGAUUUCCUCGACGAGCAGAUAGAAGAGGAUGGUGAGCUCAGGCGUACAGGCACCAUGGGUCUGGCUUCAGCAUCGACCCUCAACAUGUACAAACAACCCGCUGGAUGGGCCCAGAAGAUCAAGGAAAAGCUCUCAAAGCACCUCUUCAACCGCGAGCCGAACCCGUUCUACUCCAAAUUGCAGCUCACAAAACCGUACGAAGAACUGGACCCACGCAGUCUUGCACAAGAGGUUAUGACUGCCGCUGAGCAACGUAAGGUGUCGCAGCGUGAGUACCUUCGACAGCACCCGAAGUACAAUGUCUCGAUGUACAUCUUCAGGCCGGACAAUCCCAUCCGAAAGAUGUGCAUGCGCAUCGUCGGGCCAGGAAGAGGCACGCGCAUUCAGGGUGUCCAGCCCAACCCGACCAUAUGGUACACCUUCUCCGCCUUCAUUUACCUCGCCAUUGUGGGUAUGGUGUUACUGGCCUGCGUGACAACGCCAUUGUUCCAACUGGAGUACUUUAAGAGGCAUCCAGGUGCUAGUGACAGGUACAAUUGGUUCGUUUUCGUCGACAUCGGUUUCGCCGGGCUUUUCACCGUGGAGGCUCUGAUCAAGGUCAUUGCGGACGGCUUCUUCUGGGCGCCAAACGCGUACUUCCGCAGCUCGUGGGGAUUCAUAGACGGGAUCGUUCUCGUCACGCUGUGGGUCAAUGUGAUAACUUCACUUUAUGAUCCGGGAAGCGGCUCUCGGGCAGUGGGCGCAUUCAAAGCGCUCAGGGCUUUGAGGCUGCUCAACGUCAGCGACAGUGCCCGAGAUACGUUCCAUUCCGUCAUCGUCCUGGGAGGCUGGAAAGUGCUUUCGGCGGCAUUUGUGUCGCUGAGCUUGCUCAUUCCGUUCGCCAUCUACGGCCUGAACUUGUUUGCUGGCAAGAUGGCAUGGUGCAAUGAUUGGCAGCAGUACGAUGUGCAUAAUCUCACGGAUUGUGUUGGAGAAUCGGUCUUGUCGCCGCUUGGCUUCGACAUGCUGGCCCCGAGGAGAGUCGCGAACGUCAACUACGCCUUCGACUUUGAUUCCUUUGGAGACGCACUCUUCAUCCUGUUCCAGGUCGUGUCACAAGAGGGUUGGGUCGACCUGAUGUGGAGCGCACAGUCUAUCACUGGCGUGUUCACGCAGCCAGCGUGGUUCUCGCAGCAAGGCAAUGCGGUCUUCUUCAUCGUCUUCAACUUGCUUGGUGCUGUGUUCGUGCUGACGCUGUUCGUGUCGGUCUUCAUGCGCAACUAUACCGAACAGACUGGUGUCGCCUUUCUUACUUCAGAGCAGCGUUCCUGGCUCGAACUACGAAAGCUACUACGCCAAGUGGCACCUUCAAAGCGGCCGAACCGGCAGAAGAGAAGACAGACAUGGCAGGAAUGGUGCUAUCGAUGGGCGACCGCCAAGAAAGGUCGCUGGCAACGCACCAUUACUGGAAUCUUGAUCGCACAUCUGAUUCUCCUGUGCCUGGAAUGGUAUCCGGAACCCGAGGCUUGGGCGAUCACACGCUCCUUCAUUUUCUUCGUGUUCACCCUCUUCUACAUUGCGAACGUCUUCAUUCGCAUCGUGGGCUUGUCGUGGGCGCGGUACCGCAAGAGUGCGUGGGACAUGUACGCUAUGAUUGUCGUUGCUAUCAGCUUCGUCACCUCGAUCAUGGUCUUUGCAAACCUUGGAAAUACGGUCUACGCCCAGACGCAUAAGUUGUUUCUGGUUGCUGUCGCCCUGCUGCUCAUCCCCCGCAACAAUCAACUUGAUCAAUUGUUCAAGACAGCAGCCGCAAGUUUUAGCGCCAUUGCGAACCUGCUGGCCACAUGGUUUGUGCUCUUUCUGGUCUACGCCAUUGCCUUCACCCAGACAUUCGGUCUCACCAGGUUCGGCGGAAACGAAACCGACAACCUCAACUUCCGCACCGUGCCUAAAGCCCUGAUCUUGCUCUUUAGAAUGAGUGUGGGUGAAGGCUGGAAUCAGAUCAUGCUGGACUACGCUAAUAUCGAGCCACCAUACUGUACACUGUCCGAGCACUACUACGACGGCGAUUGCGGCAGCAAGCAGUGGGCAUACGCGCUGUUCGUGUCGUGGAACCUGAUCAGCAUGUACAUCUUCGUCAACCUCUUUAUCUCGCUGAUAUACGAGAGCUUCUCCUACGUGUACCAGAAGAGCAGCGGUCUGUCAAUCAUCAGCAGAGAGGAGAUUCGUCGAUUCAAGCAGGCGUGGGCCGAGUACGAUCCAGAAGGCACCGGAUACAUUUCGAAGGACGUCUUCCCAAGAUUUCUGGGUGAACUGUCUGGCAUCUUUGAAAUGCGAAUAUACGAUGGUGAUUUCACCAUCAGCAGCCUGAUCGAGGACUGCAGAGUCGGUCCCAGGAGAGCGUCUCAGCUUCCCGUCGAUGGAGAGUCAUCGAGUCCAGAAAUUGACCUGGGCAAACUGAGGAGACGAUUGACAGAGCUACCAGUGGAUGAAAUCCGAAGACGACGAGCACGAAUGAACACGUUCUACGAAGAAGUCCUUGUCUCGGCCGACCCUGAUCGAGGGAUAGCCUUCAACGCGCUGUUGAUGAUCCUAGCUCAUUACAAGGUCAUCAACGACAACAAGAGUUUGAGGCUAGAGGAGUUCCUGCGCCGAAGAGCAAGACUCCAGCGUGUUGAAGAGGCGGUCAACCGCAACAUUGUGGUCGGGUUUUUCGAUACACUUUACUGGGCACGACGAUUCCGACGAGCCAUGGACGCCAAGAAGAGUGCUCGCAUGACUAUGGUGCCUUCGUUCGGUGUUCCCGAGAUCCUUGUACAGGAUGAAGGUGGCGACGAUGUCACGCAGGCGAGAAAAUUCGACGUUCCCUCGCUGAGCGUAACGCCUGUCGACGUCGAUGAGUCAGACACCGCGGCGUCUCUGGGAAUUGGUCGAGCUCCUGCCAGUGGAUCGGAUGCUGGAAGCAGCGCGUCCGGCAUGCGAGAUAGGAGCACAUCCAUCCAGCUGUCACCCACAGCAUCGCCGACUAGGGAAGGGUUCAACCUCUCUUCACACCACCGGCCAUCGCCAUCAAGCAGCAGUAUCCAGCCAGACUGGCAUUUCGCAGCUGCGAUGGAAGGCGCGAGUAGGCCAUCACCACCUGGCAGUCCUGGCUUAAGUGAUACCGAUGCGACGGCGGCAAGAAGUCGAGCGAAUAGUGCUGUCAGCCAGCAUGAAAUGAUGGGCAUGUUCCAAGACAGCGCCUGGGGCCAGAGCAUGAGAAGGAGCUUCACGACGAAACGAGGCAGUGAUCGACGUCCUUCGUCAUGA